UAUCUUCCAAAAACUUUUGGGAUAGUGAGUGAGGAACACAAAAACAUAAGAAGCAUUGUGUGCAAAAGAGGAUGGUCGGUAGAGCCACAAACUCCAAAUUUGAUAAUAAUAUUAACACAUAAAUACACACCUCCUUCACUCUACUCUUCUUCUUCAUCAUCAUCAUCUUCAUCUUCUUUUGUUGGUUUUCUUGAUUGCCAACCCACCCAUUUCCACUUCUUGUAGUUUUUUCAUCAUUCAUGCCAUAGGGAUUCCCAAAUUUAAACUAUACCAUGUGAAUUAUUAGUUGUAGAGUUAUGGGAUUUUAUUAAUCUUUUAUUUUUCGACAAUUAUUCCCUUUUUUUUAGUAUUUCUUGGAUUCUAAACCUAUUCUUUUUGUUUCUUAUAUCUUUACUCUGCAAAUACUAUAAAUAUCAUCCUUCAGCUGCUUCACUUUUCACCUGUCAAAUUGAAUUCACAUAUAUUUCAGCUUCCUUUUCAGAUAUUUGUAGAGAUAUGGAACAACCUGGCAAGUCAUCCUCCUCCAAUAAGCAGUCAACACCUGUAAUUCCUCCGGUGACUAGAGAUGCUAGUAGGGAAUCACUAGAAGUGUUCAACCCUUCAUCCGCCUAUUCGACCCGACCCGCUAAUCCUUCUUUUCGCCCGAAUACCAAUUGGCAAAGCUGGGUUGAAGAAUCACAUGAGAGUCCGAAAUCCGAUCCGGGUUCCAAGUCGGGUGGGGCCCAAGAAGCCACCUCAUGGAUGGCUAUCAAGGACCCCACACCACCACAGCCACUGCCAUUACUAUCACCGCCACAAUCCCAACCUGUCAGCACUGACCCAGCCACAAAAUCAGCUAAAAAAUUAACAGGAGAAGUCGGGGUGGCCGCGAAAAGGGCGGCCGAGUGGGGUCUAGUGUUGAAAACGGAUACGGAAACGGGCAAACCGCAAGUUGGUGUUCGAAACUCGGGUGGGGAUGAACCGAACAAUGUAAAACCGGGUACGUCUAGAAGAGAUUCGGGUAAUUCAAUUCGGAGCUCCGGAGAAUAUUCGGAAGACGAAGGAUCGAAAGAAAAGGGAAUUCCUAGAGUAUCAGAAGAUGUGAAAAAUGCAUUGUCAUCAUUUCAACAAACAUUUGUGGUGUCAGAUGCUACUAAACCUGACUACCCAAUAAUGUAUGCAAGUGCUGGAUUCUUUAAGAUGACUGGAUAUACCUCUAAAGAAGUUAUAGGGAGAAAUUGUCGGUUCUUACAAGGUGCGGAUACGAACCCAGAAGAUAUGACAAAAAUAAGAGAGGCAUUACAGGCAGGGAAUAGUUACUGUGGAAGGUUACUUAAUUACAAGAAAGAUGGCACCCCUUUUUGGAACCUUCUUACUAUUGCUCCUAUUAAAGAUGAAUCUGGCAAAGUCCUCAAAUAUAUUGGAAUGCAAGUGGAGGUGAGCCAGUUUACUGAGGGAAACAAGGAUAAGGCAUUGCGUCCUAAUGGAUUGCCUGAAUCUUUAAUCAAAUAUGAUGCAAGACAAAAAGAAAUGGCUACAAGUUCAGUGACAGAACUAGUUGAAGCAGUAAAAAGGCCCCGUUCGCUAAGCGAAUCCAACAAUCGUCCUUUAAUGCGAAAAUCGGAAGGCGGUGGUGAAGAGAAAAGAAAGGGAGCUACAGGAAGGCGGAAUUCGGAAAAUGUUCCUUCUAACAGACGAACUUCAUUUGGUGGCGGUGGUCAAAACUCAAUGCAGAGUAUCAAUGAGUUGCCGGAAAAGAAACAACGAAAAUCUAUCCGCCUUUCAAUAAUGGGGCUUGUAAAGAAAAGUAAGCAAUCGGAUCACGACAGAAUUGAGGAUCCGAUUAUUUUUAAUGAUGCUGAUGAUGACGAUGAGGAUGAAGAUGAUAUCGAGAGCGAUUAUGAUGGAAGACCGGAUAGCGUAGACGACAAAGUAAGGAAGAAGGAAAUGAGAAAGGGUAUUGAUCUCGCAACAACACUUGAACGUAUUGAGAAAAACUUUGUCAUCACUGAUCCAAGAUUGCCUGAUAAUCCCAUUAUUUUUGCUUCUGAUAGCUUCUUGGAGCUGACAGAGUAUAGUCGCGAAGAAAUCUUGGGUAGAAAUUGCAGAUUCUUACAAGGGCCUGAAACUAAUCCUGCUACUGUGAGGAAAAUUAGAGAUGCAAUUGAUAACCAGACAGAUGUUACUGUGCAGCUCAUCAACUACACCAAGAGCGGCAAGAAGUUCUGGAACUUGUUCCAUCUGCAGCCUAUGCGUGAUCAGAAGGGAGAAGUUCAGUAUUUCAUUGGAGUACAACUCGAUGGAAGCGAACAUGUUGAGCCGCGAACCAACGCUAUUGCACAGGAAACUGCGAAAGAGGGUGAAAAAUUGAUAAAACAAACUGCAGAAAAUGUUGAUGAAGCAGUGAGAGAACUUCCUGAUGCCAACCAGAAACCGGAAGAUUUGUGGGCUAAUCAUUCAAAGGUGGUUCGUCCGAAACCUCAUCGGAGGGAUACCACACCUUGGAAGGCAAUUCAAAAGAUUCAAGAGAAUGGAGAAGAAAUAGGCCUGAAACAUUUUAGACCUACUAAGCCCUUGGGAUCUGGUGACACUGGCAGUGUGCAUUUGGUGGAAUUGUGCGGAACAGGACAAUAUUUCGCCAUGAAAGCUAUGGAUAAAAAUGUUAUGCUCAACCGUAAUAAGGUGCACAGAGCUUGUACAGAGAGAGAAAUUCUGGAUAUGUUAGACCACCCUUUCCUUCCUGCAUUAUAUGCUUCAUUUCAGACCAAAACACAUAUUUGUCUGAUAACUGAUUACUGUCCUGGUGGAGAGCUUUUCAUGCUUUUGGAUCGACAACCGACGAAAGUUCUGAACGAAGAGGCUGUAAGAUUUUAUGCAGCAGAAGUAGUAGUUGCAUUGGAGUACCUUCACUGCCAAGGUAUAAUUUACAGGGAUUUAAAACCUGAGAAUGUUUUGAUUCAGAGCAAUGGACACGUAGCCUUGACAGAUUUUGAUCUUUCAUGUUUAACAUCAUGCAAACCUCAGCUUCUGAUUCCAACUGUAAACGAAAAGAAAAGGAACCGUAAAAAGUAUCAGCAAGAUCCAAUUUUUAUGGCUGAACCUAUGAGAGCUUCAAAUUCAUUUGUUGGUACCGAAGAAUACAUAGCUCCGGAAAUUAUAAGUGGAGCAGGACAUACUAGUGCAGUGGACUGGUGGGCUCUUGGGAUCCUUCUGUAUGAAAUGCUUUAUGGAUACACACCAUUCAGAGGAAAAACUAGGCAAAAGACAUUUUCCAAUGUGCUUCACAAAGAUCUCAAAUUUCCAGGAAGCAGACAGCAAGUGAGUCUGCAAGCAAAGCAGUUGAUGUACAGAUUGCUGCAUAGAGAUCCUAAAAACAGAUUGGGUUCUCGUGAAGGGGCAAAUGAGAUCAAACGCCACCCCUUCUUCAAGGGUGUCAACUGGGCACUAGUCCGCUGCAUGAAUCCUCCGAAGCUAGAAACUUCAGUUUUGAAGAAUGAAGCAGAAAAAGAAGUUGAUCCUGGACUCCUUGAUCUUCAAACCAAUGUUUUCUAAACAACAGGAUUUUUUCUUCAAAUUUUACGUAAUGAUGAUGGGCUCAGAUGAUGAUCAUCUCUCGUAAAUGCUUCAAUUGAUUUUGCUUGUGUAUCUCAAUUGCCAUUAUAGUGGAGGGAGGCCAUUGAUAGCUGAAUGAUAUUUAGAUUUCUGAUGGCCUUCUCUUCAAUAAUUUAUGCUUUAUUUGAUCGUUGUAGCGCUUUUGUAAUUUGUGUUUAUUAGUACUUGGAUUUUUCUUUCAUUUAAUUUAUUAAAUAUCUGUUUUUUUCAA